CAACGAGAGAAACAACAAAAGACUGUUUAUAAACACGAGUGACGUUAGCACAACGUAUUUAGCCUAAUUGUUUUAAAAAAUAAUAACAAUGUCCAACCUUAGUGGAUAUGAUGGAGAGGCAGUUGGUUUUGACUCAGUCAAACUGAAUAAAACCGAAGAAAAGGACUCCUCAACUCAAACCACUGAAUACAGCGAGUCUGGAGUCUCCUCGCAGACAAAUGUCUCCAAGGAAACCGGGUCUUUAGUCACAGCUGAUGAUUUAAACGCUCAAGAAGAAGUUUUAAAGGAAUACCCACCGCCUUUACUAACCGAAUUCUUGAAAAAGGUCGUCCCAAAAAUGCUGGAGCAGCUGGACCAUAGUGACAAGGAACCGCUGUACAAUUCCUCCGAUUCCGACGAGGAAGAGGUCAUAAACGCGAAGUUGUUUCAAGAGAUUACACUGACGGAUCUGCCGGGGAUGGCAGGAGGAGACCAGUCACGUUGUAUUCUUGAUAUGUCAUGGAGCAGCGCUGGGAAUUCCUUUGCGGUUUCCGUAGGCAGACUCCAGCAUGUGAACUGGUGUGUCGAAGAUGGUUUGAUCCGUAUUUUUACUAUAAAAAGAACUGCUGGUGACACGUUUGUUCGGACCUUAGAUUUGACUGAGAAAAGUUGUGUGACAAAAUUGCUGUAUCACCCAACGGUGUCUGCUUUAUUAGCGUAUGGAACAACGUCUGGUGAAGUAGUUCUAUGCAACCUAAGGAAUUUAGACGCGAUUUUACUAACGUCGCCAGCUGGAGUCCAUGAAUCCAAGCGCGUCACAGGCCUGUACUGGGCUGACCCCGCUCUCGCCAACAUCUUUCUAACUAUGCAUAUCAUGAAUACUGGAAAGAGACGGGGAGCAUCUGACCAGAUCUUAAUAUCAGCUGGCUGCGAUGGCACCAUCAACGUAUGGCGAGUAAACGCCAACCAAAAGAUAUUUGAAAAUGUCGUCUGCUAUUGUUUAAAUGGCUCACGAAAUAUGGACUCCGUUAAUAUAAGUUGCUUCGACUUUAUAAAGACCUAUCCUUUGCGUCCCAGCGAGGAGAAAGUGGCGGAUGAUAUUUUUGUAGUAGGGUGUACUUCGGGGGGUCUGUACCUAUGCAAGAUAAAGACGUAUCAGCCGAUCGUUGAUAGCAAAUGCGUUGAUCCAGUGUAUGAAGUGUUUCAAGGACAUAUCGGUUAUAUGCUGGAUGUGGUGUUUAGUUACCAGAAGCCUGGAGUCUUCGUGUCUGCUUCUAUAGACUCAGAAGUCAGAAUCUAUGAUAUUAACCAACCUAGUCCUUUAAAGGUUAUCCACAUUGACAAGGCUAUCUCCUGCAUGUCCUGGCUGCCGAACAACCCCUGUGUCCUCGUGAUGGGGCUGGCAAAGCCUGAUCCUCAACUGCUGCAGCUUGGAGUUGUCAUGCUCACUCAAAGAUCUCAUUGGCGGUGGCACGUGCAUUGGUUCGCUCGAUUCCCUACAAAAUGGUUGAGUUGGGCGGUGCUGGUGUACGCCAAAUGA